AUGGCCAACGACAUUGCUCCCGGCGGGCAGCUCACCACCACCUCGGAAGUCGAGAAUUUUCCCGGUUUCCCCGACGGGAUUGGGGGAAUCGAGUUGAUGGAUAAGUGCCGCGCUCAGUCUGUCCGCUUUGGCACCCAAAUAUUCACGGAAACUGUUUCUACAGUCGAUUUCUCAGGGUUUCCUUUCAAAAUCAUUAGUGACUCGAAAACCGUUCUGGCAGAUUCUGUAAUCAUAGCAACUGGAGCGGUAGCUAAGCGCCUCAGCUUCCCUGGUUCGGAUACCUAUUGGAACCGUGGCAUAUCAGCCUGUGCUGUGUGUGAUGGAGCAGCCCCUAUCUUUCGGAACAAACCACUUGCCGUCAUAGGGGGUGGUGAUUCCGCUAUGGAAGAAGCUAAUUUUUUGACCAAGUAUGGUUCCAAAGUCUACAUUAUUCACAGGAGGAAUGAAUUUCGUGCCUCCAAGAUAAUGCAGAGCAGAGCACUGUCGAACCCGAAGAUUGAGGUCUUAUGGAAUUCGGUGGUGGCUGAAGCAUAUGGAGAGAGGACCUUGGGGGGAUUGAAGGUGGAGAAUGUGUCUUCUGGGGAGACUUAUGAUUUGGAUGUUUCUGGUUUGUUUUUCGCUAUUGGGCAUGAGCCUGCUACCAAGUUUCUUGAUGGGCAGCUGGAAUUGGAUUCCGAUGGUUAUGUGGUCACUAAGCCGGGAACCACAUUGACCAGCGUCAAGGGUGUUUUCGCAGCUGGUGACGUGCAGGAUAAGAAGUACAGGCAGGCUGUCACUGCUGCAGGCUCUGGUUAG